GUGAGGAUGAUCGAAAUCUGUCACAGUAUGGUUGGCACCGUGACUAUUUGGAGGGAACCCAUCGAGUGUCUUGCCUCAGGUGUCAACCAAACGUCGGCUAACCGGGCGCGGUGGUUGCCAACCCACAGCACUUGCUUGUAGAUUCCUUCCAAUCUCGUGCACAACUUCUGGAAAGUCACAAAGCCACAUGCUGGAGAUGGGACGGACAUCUCAGAAGCCAUGAACGAACCACAGCAACUACCUUAACAACCAGAACAGCGACGGCCUCGCCAAACCCAACCUGAAUGAACUAAGCAAUCGGGCCUGUGAAUCUGAUGUUCUAGGCGGUGCGGUGCAGCCGCACUCAUGCUCACGUCUGAGCGAACAAGGUGGUCAUCGGCCCACCGAACACCGACUGUCAUUCAUUAUUUGUCAUCACAAUCUAUUUAAGAAUGGUGACAUCGAUUUCACCAUAAGUCUAAUUUCCUACUUACGUAAAAUCAUGGACGACGCCGAAAACCCACCAUCGCCGUCAAGCCCGGCGAGCUCCGGUUCGGAAUAUCACGCGGUAGACGACGCAUCGGCAUACGCCAGGCUGGAGGAGGACAGGAGGCAGCACUGUGUCGGAAAGGGCAACCUGAUGACGGGAUGCAGGGAGCUGGACGAGUAUGUCUUGCUGGGCGGAUUUGAGCGCGGCUCUAUCGUCGGGGUGAGUGCCGAAGGGGAGGAGAUGGGCUUGAUAAUUGGUCUACAGACUCUGGCACGACUGCUGGCCAAGGACAGGUCGGCGAAGGCCACGGUGGUUACCACGAUGCCUACGACAGCGCUGCUGCCCAAACUGCGUGCGGCUCUCGUUGGUCAGAUCUGUCCGCUUCCCGGUAGACCCGAUGUUCUCCGAGACCGAGUCAGGUUGUGCCUGGAGAGGAUCUCCAUUGCGAGAGUGUUUGACUUGGAGGGCGUGGCUGAGGUCAUUGAGGAGUUGGAACAUAGUAGUUACAUCCCAUAUCCCCGCUCGCGACGAGACUCUCGGGGUGCGAAGGCGGAAGAGCAGCCUGACCAUGCGGCUUCUUUGAAGGAAGAAGCAGUCCAGCAGCAGCAGCAAGGCAAGCAUUGGACUGAGGUUGAGGACAGCGAGGAUGAGGAGAGCGUAUCGUGUGGACAGUCAACCUCGGAGAAGCCUCCCGCUGAGCAUGAAGCACCAGUCUCAGGAGAAUCUGGUUCACGCCCUCUCCCCGACAUGGUACUGGUCACGCACAUGUCGACCCUGAUGAGCACGCUCUUCACCAGCCGCAGCAAGGAGUUUGCACACUCCUUCAUGGGCUUGCUCUCUGACCACCUGCACUGCCUCACUCGAUAUUCCGAGCACGACGCGCCGCCAUUAUUCAUGCUCCUCAACUCCACCUCCUCUUCCCCUUCUUCGGCCCAUCAUCAUAGCGAUGAGCACCGCACGGCAAUGCCUAUCGACGACAGAGAUCACAGGCCCCAGAAACAGCCGGACUCGACCCUCCGCUCCAUAUUCAACCCGCCACCGCAGCCGUCCAUGGCAUCCAUCCCGGGCCACCACCAACCCGAAGGGAACCUCAACAACUUCGCCUCCGCCCACCGCAACAAACCGUCCUUUGGACUGGUCUUCUCGCAGAUGUUGGAUCUCCACCUGCUGUGUACGCGUAUUCCCAGAACCAGAGCAGACGCCGCAGCGCUGAGGGCCGCCGCCGGUAGUCCACGAGGGAGAGCGGUGGUGGAAGACGACAGGGUGUCGUAUGUCUGGGCGGUGGAGGUGUUGCUGGACGAGAUUGGUGUGUACGAGCGGUCGUGCGUCGACGGAAGUUGCGAUUGGACAAGGAGGACGAACCGGGAGCAACGGUGGGCUGCGGUGGAUGUGGAUCGGGAGGGGAAAGUUGUGAAUGCGUUUACUUCGUAGAGAGCGCCGGGGAAUUCGAUGGGUACCUUAGGUCUGGGGUAUGAGGCCGCCGAAAAAUG